AAGCUAUCUGAAUUUCUCCUUCUCCUAAAAAUGCACAUCAUAUAAUGAAAAAGCAGGUCUCUUCAGAGUCUUCCCUUCUGAUUCAAUGGACCAAGUAAAUGACUCUGUGAUAACUGAAUUUGUAUUACUUGGAUUUGCACAAUCCUUAGAAAUGCAGUUUUUCCUUUUUCUCUUCUCCUCGUUCUUCUAUGUGGGAAUUAUCCUGGGAAACCUCUUCAUUGUGUUCACAGUGAUCUUUGAUCCUCACUUACACUCCCCCAUGUAUAUUCUGCUGGCCAACCUAUCACUCAUGGACUUGGGCCUUUCAUCCACCACAGUUCCUAGGUUGAUCUAUGAUCUUUUUACUGAUUCUAAAGUUAUUUUCUUCCAUAACUGUAUGAUACAAAUGUUCUUUAUCCAUGUUACGGGAGGAGUUGAAAUGGUGCUGCUGAUAGUCAUGGCAUUUGAUAGGUACACUGCAGUCUGCAAGCCUCUCCACUAUCUAACUAUUAUGAAUCCCAAAAUGUGCAUGCUUUUAAUAGUAGCAGCUUGGGUCAUUGGGGUGAUUCAUGCUGUGACUCAGUUUGUUUUUGUCAUAAAUUUACCCUUCUGUGGUCCUAAUCAGGUGGGGAGCUUUUAUUGUGAUUUCCCUCGGGUUAUUAAACUUGCAUGCAUGGACACUUACAGACUAGAAUUUGUGGUCACUGCCAACAGUGGAUUCUUAACUAUGGGCACCUUCUUUUUCUUAAUUGUAUCAUACUUCUUUAUUCUGGUCACUGUCCGACAAUAUUCUUCAAAAGAUUUAUCCAAAGCAUUCUUCACUUUGUCAGCUCACAUCAUUGUAGUGGUUUUGUUUUUUGCUCCAUGCAUAUGUCUCUACGUGUGGCCUUUCCCUACUAAGUCAUUGGAUAAUUUUUUUGCCAUUGUGAACUUUGUUGUCACCCCUGUCUUAAAUCCUGCCAUCUAUACUUUAAGGAACAAAGAUAUGAAGGUUGCAAUGAGAAGACUGAGUCGACAGAUUUUAAGUUCUAGAGAGAUGAUGUAACAGAUUUGGUUGAUGAGAACACAGGAUAAAUAUCAUGGAUCAUUGAGACUCCUAUGAUCACCAUGAACAUUAUGGAAUGUGCCCAUUUUUAAUAUUGCCUUAAAAAACUGAGGAAUCUAUGAAAAGAUAUAUUAAAUCUAAUUUUAAUUUUAUUUCAGAUAAAGUUGCAGCAAUUUUUGUUAAUCAUAAAAAUAAAGUAUUAUAUAUUUCUAUCUAAUGUGUAUAAAUUAUGAUUACUAGCAAUGACUCUCUUUUUCAUAUAGUUAUUUUAUAUCUGUAUAUAAGUGUAUAAGUACAUGCACAUAUAUAUGACUUAGGGUUAUUUAUCAGUAUCUUCAUACUGAUAAUAAGCAUCACUGCAAAUUAGUAUUUCUUAUGGAAAUUAUGUAGAUCCAGUGGAUAAAAUAUGGGUUUCUAAAAAUGAAUAAAUGCUAAAAUCCAGGAAGAAACAAUUUUUAAUUGUAAUAUAAGUUAGAUAAAUGGAAAGGUCAACAGCAGGUUACAACUCAAGUAUUUU